AUAACAUUUUAAUUAUCGUUACUAUCGGUGAGCGAUUUUUUAAUGGCUUUCUUUAUACGCGUUGCGCUCGGGGUGCGGCGGGUCUCAAAAGGGGUUCUGUUGGGAGUACGCGUCGUCAGGGGACGCGCAAUUAUUUGAACUUUUCGUUACAUCACACAUUGAGAUGUUGCUGUAGAGGCCUAUGAAAACCGCAACUGCCGCGCUAACUGACAAUAUAUUUAGACUGCUCAAUACCAAGUAAGUUUCCGCUUUUGGGCUUAACAAAAAUGCAGUAAACCGUAAGCGUUACAGUGACGCUGCACUACCGGCCAACAACGGAACGAUGUUAGCACUUCCUUUGAUGCAUUUAAGUAUCGGUGUAAGUGUCUGUGUGCGCUAGUAGCUAAACAUUCUACACGCUUGUCGCAACGCAAUAAAUUCUCAUAUCGCGCAGCAUUCGCGCCAAUGCCAGUGGCUAAUCUGGCAACAUUGUGUGCACUAAAGUAGUCAAUAACUCUCGUGAUUUCAAACGCUUCGAUUGCGCUUUGUUUUAUUGACAUUUUUCAACAUUUACUUUUAUAACAAUUUCGAAUACGUGUGUUUGCUAUUGCUCUAACCAUCACUCAAGCUGCUCGAUGAUAAUUUUAUUUAUUGCCCGCGCUUUGGCGCAGGUCAGAGCGUGUGACUAAGCGAGCGUGGGUGCAGAUAAACAAGUAUAUUGCAUGGCAGUCAGCGCGUAUAUGUUUAUAAAGUUGUUUCUACUUGUUUGGAAUUCGGCGGUUUGUGUGUCUUUGUGUCUAAUUGCAGCGUUAACUAGCAUCUAAUGCACUUAUAUUAUACAUUUAUUAGCAAAACAAAUAUUAUUAUCUGGGUACUGCUCAGAUAAUGCUUUUAACUGACUGUUGUUUGGUAAGGGCAGGAAUUAAAGCCACAGUAAGCAUAUAAUAUGGUAAGCAUUAUCUUAUCAAAAGUUGAAGCGGUAAAAAUGAAAGUAAAAAACUGAAUAGAUUAUAUUUUUGUUACUGCAGUUUCAGAUAUACUUCGUGUCUACGUGCAUAGUUAUCUAAUAAAAGCGUCGUGUUUUCUUCUGGUAUCAUACAAAUUUUAUUUGCAGCUUUAACUCGAGCCAUUCAGAGAAACUAGCAGAAAUAGAAAUAAAUAACGUAGCUCUCUCGACGCGUGUGAACCAAAUUGUGCUGGUUUCACAAAGCAUUUUCACUUUCUCACGUUUCUCAUUCCGCUAAGUGUGAUUCCCAAUGCGUGUACUAGCCUUAGAACCUUACCUAACUAAGCUAGUCAUACAAUUUAUCUUACCUUGGAGCUUUUAGAGCGCUGAAACACGCUUAAAUUUCAAUAAGCCUUUAAGAACUUUAAUUUUUCUACUAAAAACUAAGAAAAAAUGCCGAAAUGUUAAAUGUGCGUAAUUUUGUACUUGAAACUAUUAUAAUACAGCUCCGUUAUAUAUUAUACUUAGCUCUGUUAUGAUAACAUACAUAUGUACAUACAUUUAGAAAUAUUUAAUUUCUCUCAUAAGUUGACUUCCGACUUGUUAACUGGCGUAGAAAACUCGCCCCUUUUCUGUUAAAAUCCCGAAACGUUUCGAACACUGUCGGGGUUGCUUUUCUAUGCAUACUGAAGUACUUAUCAUUUGCGUUCGAUACAAAUCGUUUCUAAUUAAGCUUAUAAGUAGGUAUGCAUUGUGCGAGUAUUGCGAAUCAAUUUCAUAUGUAGAUAAUUUUGAAGAGAGUAAAUGAAAAUGCUUUUCUAAGCAAAAUAAUUAUGGUGCAAAUACUACAACAAUAAGAAGUUGAACAAAGAAUGUUAAAUGUAAAAAAGUUUCUGAUACGGAGCAUGAGCAAAUGCCUUUAAUUUGUCACAUAUAAGUUACAAUAACUACGUAUUAAGCAUCUGUCAGCGUUAGGCAAAUAAAAUAUAAAGUUUGAGUUAUUUGCACUUUAGUUUAACUUGAAUUUGAACAUUUCGUUUGAAAUUUUGAGCCGUGAUUAAAUGAUUUUCUUUGAAAACCAGCACGAAUGAACAGUAUCGCGUUAAAAAAAUGCAAAAUUAUACCCAGCAGACAUUGAAUAAAUUGUUUGCUUGUUGAAUUUUCGAAAGUAAUUAUUUCAAUACUAAAAAAAAUUGAAAUUGCAUCUAACGGAAAGUAUCUGAGAGUUAUUACAUACAUAAUCAUUGAAAGAUAUUUCGCCUCGCGCUCGUUGACUAGCAGCCCUCGCUGUGAUCAGAAGUACCUAUUGUAUAUCUAAUGGUGCGUAGUAAGUAGUCAAUUAUGAUUGAUUCUAAUUGAUCGCUUUGAGUGCAGUUAAAUUAGAUAUCGAUAUGUGAUUUAUAUUUAUAAUGAAUCCAAGAAAUUAUUACUAUUUACUGCUCCCCACAAAACAUAACAGUGCUUUGUUUAUAUAAGUUUAUAUUUUAUAAUCAAUUGUGCCACACACAUAUACAUAUUUAGUAAAUAUAAACGUAUACAUAAAUUCCUCAUAUACGCGCCCGCUCAGUGAUAAUUCAUAAGUUCCAGAGCGUAAAGAGACAAACAAAAUAAUUCGGCCGGUUUUUGUCGUGCAUUACGGACAUACAUAUAUAUGUCUAUAUGUCUAUAUAUAUAUGUAUGUACAUCUGUAUAUAUGUAUAUUUUUUCAUAUUGUACAAUUAUUUUACAACGUAGCUGCCUUAUAUCCGCGCAAAAAUACGAAAGCAAUGGUAACUUUGGGAAAUAUGCGAGUAUUUAUUUUGCGCAUAAGAGAAAUAAAAAUAAGAAAUUUAUCAAGUCUACGCCAGUUAUCAAACAAAAUUUUAAAACGUAUAAAAUUAAUGUUAAAAUAAUAUUCUGGCAAACUGAACGCAGAUAACACUUUUAACUGAGCGUUAUUCUAGCAAAAUUAAGAGGGGCUUAUGAAUUGUAGGGAUUAAAACAAUAGCCUAAUAACGUUAUAUGAUGAGAAUAAUGAUGUUAUAUACUCAUGUACAAUAUAACUCUAAGAACACAUAGUUUAAAUGAGACUAGGAAACCGUGUAAGCCUACAAAUUCGUACUAUACUCUUCUUCAAAUACUAGACUUCGAUUAUGCUUGAGUUUAUGAAGAGAGAAGGCUCUCUCUAGAGGCUAUGGCAGUUCUGAGCAUAAAACUCCGCUUGCAUACGCUCAAUAUACUCGCAAUGCGUAAAGUGUUUGCUGGGUUAUUCUGAAUUCUUUUACAAAUACUUGGGCUUGCCAUUACUCAAUGGCCUUAUCUACAGUACGAUAUAAUUUUCUGCAUGUCGACAGCUAUUUAUGUUUAUAAAUAACUUAACCGAUUUUUCAUAGUCAGUAGUAAAGAGUGUAAACACCUCAUCGCAACGUUGUUCUCAUACCGCAAUUUAUGGUUCGCAAUUCCCAGAAUUUCCAAUUCUGUUGUGCUGUUCGCUUGAACUUAGCUCUCUUAGUUAUUGUUAUUACUAAAUACAUUUUCACUCGUAAAACGCUUUGCUAUUGAUCAGUUGCUCGAUAGCCGGUGAACUAAAAGAAUGUCUGCGUUUGCAAUUUUAAUAGCCGUGCUGUUGGCGUUGCUUACUUUUAUUUACUAUUUGUUGCAUCGGCGCAUGAAUUAUUGGCGCUACCAAGGCAUACCGCACGAUGCGCCACACUUCUUCGCCGGCAACUUGAAGGGCUUGAUGAAAACGCGCAGUUUCGCCGAAAUUCUACGUGAAAUAUACACACAUCAUCGCGGUUCGGGUCCUUUUUGUGGCUAUUAUUUAUUUCAACGCCCCGCCGUUUUGGUGUUGGAUAGAGCGCUCAUCAAAAACAUACUCAUUAAGGAUUUCAAUAAUUUUUCCGAUCGCGGCAUUUUUCACAACGAAAAAGAUGACCCGCUCACCGGUCAUCUCUUUCGCUUGGAUGGUAAACAAUGGCGCGGUUUGCGUAGUAAGCUGACACCUACUUUCACGUCGGGUAAAAUGAAAUUCAUGCUUCCCACCAUAUUGAAGGUGGCGGAUCAGCUGAUGAGCGCCGUUGAGAAGCGUAUGGCUAGCGAUGAGCAUGUGUGGGACUGGAAAGAGAUGAUGGCAUGUUUCACCACCGAUGUGAUUGGGAAUUGCGCAUUUGGCAUCGAAUGCAAUAGCCUGCAAGACCCCAAAGCUGAGUUUCGUGUUAUGGGGCGCAAACUAAUUGGGUCGCGUCGGCACGGGCCACUCAUUAACGCCUUCAUUAAUAGCUUUCCGAAUAUGGCGCGUCGUCUACGUAUGGCUAUUAUGCCGCAGGAGAUUACAGACUUCUUUUUGCGCAUCGUGCGCGAGAAUAUCGAAUAUCGUGAGCGUAAUGGUGUGCAAGGCAAUGACUUUAUGAGUAUUUUGAUGGACCUCAAUAAGGGUAAAUACUUGAAGAGCGAAAAUGAUCAGUUGCGUGCAUUGAGUGUGAGCGAGAUGACAGCACAGGUAUUCGUGUUUUUCGUUGCCGGUUUUGAGACCUCGUCUACAACGUUGGCAUUCGCGCUGUACGAAUUGGCAUUACAAACCGAUUUACAAGAGCGCCUGCGUAAAGAGAUCGAGGAGACUAUUCAGAAACAUAACAAUGAGUUCACCUAUGAGUGCAUGGAAGACAUGCAAUAUAUGAAACAGGUGCUCUCUGAGACUCAGCGGAAAUAUCCGAUUGCACCGAAUUUGAUGCGUCAAGCGGCUGCAGAUUACGUGGUGCCGGGUAAUCCUAAAUAUGUGAUCAAGAAGGGCAUGAUGAUCACCAUACCUACAAUUGGCAUACACUACGACCCGGAGAUUUAUCCGGAACCCGAAAAAUUUGAUCCAGAACGUUUUGCAGUGGAGGCGGUGAAGUUACGCGACUCUGUCGAUUGGCUGCCCUUCGGCGAUGGUCCGCGCAAUUGUAUUGGUAUGCGUUUCGGGCAAAUGCAAAUGCGCGUCGGCUUGGCCUAUUUACUGCGUCGGUAUAAGUUCACACCUUGCGCACAAACGCAAAUUCCAAUGGUUUACCAGAAGACUUUCCCCUUGUUUCCGCAAGGAGGCAUACACCUGAAGGUUGAGCAAAUAUAAAUAGCCAUGUAAUGAAGAAACAUACAUACUUAUCUAUAUUUAAGUCCGCAUGAGUACUUAAGCCAUUAUACAUACAUUUAUUAUAUACAUAGUAUAUUACGCUCAUACGUAUAUGUUUGUUAAGUAACGGUAAUAAUUCCAACUUCGUCAAUUAAAUUCUCAUUUCAACUAGUCAAAACGUCAUCUUAUCUACAAGUAAUAAAUAAGAGGUUAUUUGAAAUAAAUUAGUUACAAUAAUUUCGAAUAUUCGAAAAUCAAGGUGAAAGAAAGAUUAACGCUGGUUUAUUGACUUGGCGCUCGGGGUAACACGCCUGUGCUUUUUAACUACUACAUGACAUACUAAUUGUAUGCUAAUUAAAGUUUUCGCAAAAUAGUUUUUGUUUUUAUUUGUGUGUUAUAAACAAUGAAAUUGCGUUCUCUGCCUUUUACGUCGCUGCUCAAAUGAGGUGGUUCCAUCCGACUUGUUUGUAAUUUGAAAGUCUAAUUUACGUAUGCACAUACAGGGUGAGUAAGUGAUGUGUUGAGACUUUUCAUUUGUUCUUUUUUUACUUAUAUAUUUAAAUUUUAUCACGGUGGAUGCCAUCGUUAAUUUUACAUUGAAAAUUUCAAGCCAUGAACCGAAAUGCGAAUACAAUAGGCCAACGAGAAUAUCUACUUGAGAGCAACAGCUUUAAAGUCGUGGAAUUUGAACCCUUGUUAGAUAACGAUUUCAAAAUAGUCGGUUUAGCUUUUUCGGUCAAAAAUUAAACAACUUAUUCUUCUACUCAGAGCAAGUUUAAAUUAAAUAUUCUCUUAAGAGUAAGACCUAAACGGACAGAGCGUCUACAAAAUAUACAUAGCCGCACACACACAUACCAAGCACGAUCGCUUCUAUAUAUGAAUUAUCGCUUGUUUACGCAUACAAAUAUACAUAUAUACUUAUUUAUAAAACAUAGAGUCUAGCUCAGAUAUAUUUUUGAAUGCGAGAUGCGUUCCAAUGCCUCGCUUCUGGCGUCCCCAUGAUUGAUCAUCAGCUGCUGUUUUAAACAAGCAAUUUCAUAACUGUGCAUUAUUUAGCGGUCAUAUCACAAAACAAUAGCAAUGUGUUAGUUUUAAAUAGGUUAUUUUAUAUCACAAAUGAGGUGUUGUUAUUGUAAAAACAGUUUAUUUACAUUGAAUCAAUUAUAAAUAUGCCAACAAUCAGAGGCAAGCUUCGAGGUUAUGGGCCGAUUUAAUAAUCUAGUUUGUACGACAUUUUCUGCUCGGAUUGGCUGCGAUCGAUAUUAGCCGCAGAUUUAUCAAAGGCUGAAAGCGCUAAUGCAUGAGGGUCUUUUGAUCAAUAGCUAGUUGUUUUGGCAUCAUAAAUCAAUAGGGUCUCAAGUUCAAUUGGAAUUUCCGUAAUCUCUGCCAAGGGCUUCUUCCGAAAAUCUAACCCAACCUCUUUAUAACAGCCUUCGUGCUUAUAGAGAUACAAUCAUGUUUAUCGAAAUAAUGUGUAAGUAAAGGUGAAAAUUUCAGUUUACUUUCAAUUUUACUGUAAGUAUAGUAUUACUUCUUAUUGCUAGACAUUGUCACACACACCGCCGGUUCGUUUGUUCGCCUACUCCAAUGUACUCAAAUGGCCCUACGACUGCGCUUUAAUCAUAAUAAUAAUAGCGAAAAUGUUUACCUAAAGGCAUUUAAGAUAAGAUAGGAGUUUUUUCUCCAAAUUAUAAUAUUCUAAGACACCAUUAAGUAACCGACUGAUGGUACUACAUUCCGCGAUCGGUUUGUAAGUCAAUCUCUAAUGUAAUAAUAUAUGUACGAGUACAGUAAAUUUUUAUUACCUAUGGUGCAUCAGGCUGCGAACACUCAUCAAUUGACAGUUAGUUGCGCACAAACUCACUCGUCUUGUGCGGCUGCUGUUCGCCAUUUAAGAAUCUAAUAAAAAUGCUAGACAGCUGUCGCACACCAGCCACGAGCGGGCGCGUGUUUGUUUACGUCGAAGCACGCCUUCUUGUUGACGCUAUAUAAGCGUGCUACGCGACUCGAUGCGCAGUUAGUGCUCAAGCUCAACUUAUAAUGUAUACAACUAAUUUAAGUUACAUACUCACGUGGAAGAUGGUUAUAUUCACUUUGUUCGUUUUGAAUUUUACUAUAAGUCUGACGCUUGUGCUGUUUGCAAGCGUUGUGGCUUUGCUAUUGGCGAUGACAUAUUUAUGCUGGCGUCGCAUGAAUUACUGGCAGGAACGUGGCAUACCACACGAUAAACCCAGUUAUUUAUAUGGCAGUUUCCGUGGUUUGACUAGAAUAUGCGGCUUUUCGGAGAUCUUACGUUCAAUGUACCAGCGUUACAAGGACACGGGUCCUUUCUGUGGCUAUUUAUUUUUUCAACGCCCCGCUGUGAUGGUAUUGGAUACAGAGCUUGUGAAAAAUAUACUGAUUAAGGAUUUCUCAAACUUCAGCGAUCGUGGUCUAUUCCAUAAUGAGAAAGAUGAUCCAUUAACGGGUCAUCUGUUCUUCGUGGAUGGUAAAAAAUGGCAUGUGUUGCAUGGUAAACUGUCAUCGACGUUUACCGAGUGCAAAGUGCGUGGCAUGUUUCCGUGCGUGCGCGAUAUAGCACAGCAAAUGAUCAGCACGCUUGAUCAGCUGAUGGAGCGCAACGCCAAUGUGGAAGUCAAGGAGCUGAUUGGUCGCUACACAACCGAUGUGAUUGGCAAAUGUGCUUUGGGCAUUGAAUGCAAUAGUCUGACAAACCCAAAUGCUGAGUGUCGUGCAAUUGGGCGACGCAUUUUCACAGAUCGUCGUCAUGGUCUCUUAGUGUCUGGGCUUAUUCAAGGGUUCCCGCAAUUGGCGCGUAAGCUGCAUAUGAGUACUAUACAUCCGGACAUAGAGAAGUUCUUUAUGCGCUUGGUGCGCGAGAAUGUAGAGUAUCGUGAGAAGUACAAUGUUCAUGGUAAUGAUUUCAUGGAGUUACUGAUGGAGCUGAACAAGGUUGGAAAAUUAAGGUUCCGAAAAGUCAUCAUCGACGCUCUCCUUUGCUCUGUAUGAGCUGGCUAUGCAACCCGAUCUGCAGGACCGGCUACGUUGUGAAAUUAAUGAGACGUUGUGUCAACACGACAACGAACUGAGCUUUGAGUCUCUGAACGAGAUGGCAUACAUGAAGCAGGUGAUAGCAGAAACCUUACGUAAGUACCCGAUAUUACCGCAUCUGGCGCGUCAAGCUUUGCAUGAUUAUGUCGUACCCGGCCAUCCAAACUACAUUAUACCGGCUGGCACAUUAGUUACGAUACCCGUGGUUGGCUUACAUUAUGAUCCCGAAAUAUAUGCUGAUCCCGAAAAGUUUGAUCCAGAGCGCUUCACACCGGAGAUGGUAAAGGCUCGCGACAAGAUUGAGUGGCUACCCUUUGGUGAUGGGCCGCGUAAGUGUAUUGGUUUUCGCUUCGGUCAUAUGGAAAUUCGUGUCGCUCUAACUUUCUUGCUGCAGAAGUAUCGUUUCUCUCUGAGCGCACAAACCGAUGUGCCGGUAGAGGUCAGCAAGUCUUUUUCGAUUAUUCCUAGAAACGGUAUCUUUUUGAAAGUGGAACGCAUUUAGUGCGUAAUGUUUGUUUGAGCACUGUUUGGGUUGUUAGAAUUUAAGUUUACCAAAACGUCUUUGGAAAAGUAGUUUUAUAUUUUUCUUAAAAAAACGUUUUUUGACCAAAAUAAGUUUAUUUAUCAUGAACUUAAUGGCAUCUUCCUACUAUCUGUACGAGGUAAUAAUAUUUGUGUAUUAUAUAAACUUGCAAAUUUACAGUCUGUGUACAAAGAAAUACAAAAUGUUAACGGUGAAUGUGAUACUAUUGCUUACAAAUUGUUGAAA